ACUGCACUUUGAUCAUUGCAUAUACCCAGUAAUAAAUACCAAACAACAUUUAAACAAACUUCUGGUUUAUUCAAUACUCAAUUAGUCGCGGUCUUCAAGCAAGUCAAAAUUCAAUGACACAGAGCUCAGACCUAUAGUUUGUGAUCGUCACUCAGAAAUUCCUAACGGGAUGAAUUUUCAAUUGCGUUUGACUGUCUGCACAUCUGUGUUAAUUCUAUUCCUUUCAGCCCACUGUUUCGUUUCAACUGCAGGGCAGCCAGGUCCGGAGUACAAAGAUUUUAGGCGAUCAGUUGACAGCAGCCGAAAUGACCUGUUGAUCUUCAAAGAAAUUCUGGCAAACAGAGGUUUAGAAUAUGAGAAAAUAAUGAACAUCAUGGACAACGAUCGGGUAUUAAUUGAGUACCUGGAGAAUAUUCAAUUAGAGAUAGAAUAUCUUUGGAAACGAGCCACACAUCGCCCAAAGAGCACUUUCUCUGAUGAUAAUGUAUAUAUAUUCGAAGGGGAGAAUGAUGACGAAUGGCAGAUUUCAGCGACAUGUGUGGAAGACGUCGUCCAAUACUACAGGGAUCUCAUCAACGGAGUUUAUUACGCUGACAGAAUGAGAUCAUCUUCUGGUCGGAUUCCACGUGAUGCUCUGUUCACUGGGACGCUAAAGGAUCUGGGAAACAUCUGGCUAUGUACUUCAACUUUGAAAAAUGAUACCUCAAAUGUGCCGCAGUUCAACGGAAAAUAUUGCCCUUUAGGGAUUCAAGACACUGGUAUCAUUUUGGGACGAUGCUGGCCUGACAGCUGCUCAGAAACUGAUGUGAAUUCUAUUUCAUCAUUAUUUUGGAGUGAGGUUGUAAAGGUCGAACCUUUUCUGCAUUUCGAUUGCCAAGAAAGAAGGCCUUGGACCACGGCUGAUAUUGGAUUCACUGCCACUAUGUGUUUCUUUGCUUUGAUGGUGUGUCUGGGAUCCUUCUAUGAGGUCUUUAUCCAAAACCUAAUCCUGGAUAAACUAAAACGAGGCGAAAAACGGGACAAGAUACCAAUGACCUACGGCCACAAUGAUACAGAUCCGAAGGAAAGUCAUAUCCAAACCAACUCUGAUUUCGGUAAAGUGUUCGUAGACUCCAGAUCAUCAGAGGACAUGGACAGACAGGGUGAAGUCGAGAUUACCAGAGUAACGGGAGGAGAUAUGAAAGGAGAUUCCUUGAUCAAUAAGGGAUUCCAAUCAGAAAGCGAGACAACAGCACCUGUGGAGAAAUUAUCAUUUAAUGGUGGCAUGGAUUUGAAUUUAUCGGAAAGACAUUCUGGUGAUAAAAAACCAAUGAAACGAUACAAUAAUUGGGCUAUUCUGAACGCUAUAAUGAUGUCGUUUUCCAUUGUGAAUAACUGCAAGAAACUUCUCAGUGCUAGGAAGUCAAAUAACAACAUGGCGAUCGUCAACGGACUUAGGGUACUCAGUAUAUUUUGGGUUAUGCUGUGCCAUUCAAUUCUAUACAUGUCAACUUAUCGGACUGGGAACCCACUGCAGACGGUGGAUGUGAUUGUCGAUCACAUGUCAUUCAAUGCUGUUACAUCGGGCUCCUAUUCUGUGGAUACUUUUUUUGUUCUUAGCGGAUAUUUAGUCGGUUACAUGACGUUGAAGAAAAUACAUGACAAGACGUUGAGAGGUGCUGGUAGUUGGGCCAUAUUUUACUUUCACCGCUGGUGGCGUCUCACCCCUGUCUACAUGGCAGCCAUGGGUAUAUGGGCAUUAUGGUGGCCCCACUUCGGGGAUGGCCGAAGCGUGAUGGCUGACGAGACUUAUGACUUCUAUCAAGGAUGGUGCCGUAAACAGUGGUGGACUCAUCCACUUUAUAUCAACAACAUCUACCCUUGGCCUAACGUCUAUAACAAUUCGUGUAUGCGGUGGUCCUGGUAUCUUGCAUGUGACAUGCAAUUCUUCAUUAUCAGCCCAAUCAUCCUAAGCGUUCUUUACAAGAAUUCCAAAGCAGGUAUGGCACUUGUUACAACCGUGUUGUUGGUGUCUCUCGGAUCGUUGUUUAGUGUAUCUUGGUAUUACGGAUAUCCGAUCAAUGACCAACCUCCUUAUAAUAAUCACGUACCCGAUCCACCGGAUGCCGAUGUCAUUUACGCCAAACCAUACACGAGAAUCCCUCCAUAUAUAGCCGGAUUAAUAUUGGGAUAUUUCAUUUUUAAACUGAAAGGCGAGAAAGUAAAAUUGUCAAAGUAUCUUGUAGUGACUGGAUGGAUUCUCACCCUUGCUUCCCUAUUUGCCGUUGUCUAUGGGACGUGGUCUGGUAAUUCUGACCGCUACGUACCUCAAAUCGAAUCAGUCAUAUAUUUGACGUUUUCUCGCAUCGGUUGGGGCGUGGCAAUCUGUUGGAUUAUUUUCGCAUGUCUGCAGGGAUAUGGAGGUCCUGUUGGUGUAUUUUUGGAAUGGACUCUCUGGAUACCUCUUGCUCGUCUGAGUUACUGUAUCUAUCUGGUCCACCCCAUUGUUAUGUAUAGUGUCAUCCUGACGCAACAAACACUCUUCCAUUUUACUUACGUCACGAUAUCAUACUUGUAUGUUGGUAACGUGAUGUUCUCUAGCGUAGCUGCUCUCAUCCUCUCUCUCCUUGUGGAAGGACCCUUCAUGGGACUCGAAAAAGUCAUGUUCGGAAAGUUUAAGAGGAGAUCGAUCGAUGGAUCAUAGCUCAAAGAGAGAGAAAAGAGGGUGUGGGAGUGUAUGUGCGUUUGUAUGUGUGCGCGCGGGUGUGUGCUGUGCGUGUGCGAAAGAGAGAGAGAUAUAUAUCGGUAUUCGUGGAUGAUAUGCUUACACAUUUAAUUACUGAUAGGCCAGUAAAAUCACUAUCAGAAAUUGUAAAAUACCAGUAGCCUGUUGCAUGAUUUGUAUAACCGGAGAAUACUGGAAGUUUCUAUUACCAUAUUUUUUAAUGCCAACGAUUGCACUGUGCCGAUCUGAGUGUAUGAUUUGUGAUGGUAAACGUUUUGUACAAGAGAUUGAAGCGAUAGUUCAGAUUCCCUAAUGUAAGGACGUAAGUCUGGUGGAAUGAAAGUUAGAAACUAAUCAAGGACUUCUGAUGACUGAAACCCCCCCAACACACACACCCUCACGCACCCUUACACAUACACACACAAGUAAAUACAAACAUACAUCUUCACCUAUUUUACCCUGUAUCAAAUCCUGUUGGUGCUUUAAUUACUUGACACGAUAUGAAUUUGUAUUAUAUUUUGUGUGUAUGGCCCGUAUUCUGAAUUCGGGUUAGCCAACUUAGCCAACUGUCUAACUCUGUGCUAAAAUUAUGGAAAGCCGGAAAAAAAAUGUUUAUAUCAUAUAUUUUUGUAUGUAAUAUUUAACUACCCUUGCACUCAUGAUGAAGAAAAGUACUUCCGUUAUCAUUCCCUGAGUGUUGUGAAUGAUUUGAUUUGUACCACAAUUUGCUAUCCAUAGUUAAACCACAAUUUUAAACCAGAGUUUAAUUUAAACCCAAGUUCAAAAUACGGGCCUAUGUGUCCAGUUUGCCUCAUGAAUGAAAUCAGAUAUUAGAUUUUAUGUGGAAAUGGUAACCAUAGAGUACUUUGAUGGAGAAAUAUGCCAUUUUUAAUGCCUGGCAGAAUUCCGUUCUUUACACAUAACGUCAGUGAAUAUAUGGAAUUAGGAUAUUGAAUUCUGUAAAAAUCCAUUAUUCAAUACAAAAUUUAGUAAUUUUGCUAACUCACUUUGCUUAUUAAAAAUGAAGAGAUAUUGGAGGUUAUCUUACACCUCACAACCUUGAAGAUUUUGUACGUCAUCCUAUUAGUUCAAUUUGACCAGUUAAAUUAUAAAUAUAAGAUUUGUGACUGAUGUUCUUUAUUUCACCCGGGUAUCUUAAACGUCAACUGUAGAAAACUGUUAAUGAAAUCCAAUGUGAAGUGAUCGCGAUUGCAACGGCAUUUAUUCUGAAUACCUUUUCUAAAUUUUUUUUAUCAGAUUCAGAUGCAAUAUAAAAUAUCUGUCAAGAUCAGUGCUAAAAUA